AUGGGAGGCUCGUGGGCUGCUCAGUCGCGGACAGGUUUAGCGCUGCUACGCAAUUAUGACGCCGUCAUCAAGCGUGCUACACAAUAUGGUGCCACCUGGGUGGAUCGUCAAGAUUGGAUUGCCGUGAUCCCAAAUGUGAGCACGUACUAUGCUGACGGAUGGAGCACGACGGUGGGGCGUGUGGUGGGCUACCGCGCCUGCGAGAGCCACUUUUUGGACGCUCUAUUCGUCGGCCUGUUCGUGUGCUUGUGGAGGCCGAUGGCAUUUAUCUGCCUGUAUCUGGAACUCUACCUACAAGCUAUCGUGUCUGGCGGCAAGGCUGCGGUCUUUGGAGCCGCGGCCAAGCUGCUGAUUUCGAGCAUUAUCAUGGCCGCGUUGGCAGUGGCUUUGGCCACUCUGGGCCUGCAAGACACCAUGCUGUUUCUGCUCGGGCUAGCGGCAACAGGGUUCUUUUUGGGUGGCGCGGUUCUACUGGUGGGCGGUCUGCAACAAGCCGGCGCCGUCGCAUCGGCGGACUGGCAGCGAUGCCGCUCCUACAUGCGCAACACCACGAGCCCGUCGCUCUUCUUGCACAGUAUACCAAUGAUUGGCGCCAAAGUGCAGAUCAAGCGCCACGAGUUCCUGCUACAGCACUCGCUAGUGUAUCGCGUUGCGAUGCAUUUCAUGUAG